AUGGCGGCGGGAAUCGCGGUGAUCGGAGCAGCAGGUCCUGUAAGCAGCGCCGCUGGCGCCGCAGCGGGCGGCGGAAUUAGCGGCGGAUUAGCGGUCGCCGCCGUUAGGUCAGGAAGGCGCCAGAAAACACGAGGAAGGUUCGUGGCAGCUGCUGUUACAGGAGGUCUGCCCGAGGGCGAAAUUCCUAAUAGCCAGCUGGCUAAUAACGAGGUGGCAACUAACGCCGCCGCGCACAAUAUUACAAACUCUCAUGCAGCGGCCCUGGAGGCGCGUGAGGGGCCUCUGCAAGCAGACGACAGGAGGGGGGAGCACCUAAGGAUGGUUGAGGCGCCUCUAGAGCCAGCUUGUGCGGGGCCGCUUCACCUGGUCGGUAGCGGGAUAGCGGGGAGGAAAAAGCGCGGAGCAGCAGAGGCGUGGGAAGCGCGGAUGCAGGGGGCAGGGGAGGGGGAAGAGGGGGAUGGGGAGGAGGAGGUGGUGGAGGUGGAUGGGGAAGAUGUGGGGGCGGGCGCUUUAGAAGAUCUGGAGAUGCGGAUGGCAGCGCUGCAAGAGAGGCACAUGAGGCUGCGCCAGAGGCUGCUGGGUGGUGAUGUUGACAAUGCUGCUGCACCUGGGGGAGCACCUGAAGGAGCACCUGAGGGAGCACCUGGGGGAGCACCUGAAGGAGCACCUGGGGGAGCACCUGGGGGAGCACUUGGGGGAGCUGCAGGGAGCGGUGGUGCAGGUGCGGGUGCUGACAGAGGAAUUGUGGAGAAUGGUGUUGGGAGCACAACUGGGGGGAAUGCUGAGAAUGCAGGUGCAGGUGCAGCUGAGAAUGCAGGUGCAGGGGAUGUGAAGGGGAUGGGUGAAGGGGUUUUGGAUGCACCUCAAAAGGGAGCUGACACGGGUGUUGAAAAGGGAGAUGAUCAUAAGGGGACCGGUGAGGGGGUUGGUGCACUGUGUGUUGAGGGGAAGGAGAGGGAUGUGGCUGUGAGUGGGGGAGAAGAGAGCGGGGCAGGAUUGGCAGGAGAAGCAGCAGAGGCUGGGAGAGGGGCAGUAGAUGCACUGGCACUGGCAGCUGGAGAUGUUUCUGAUGUUGCCGUACAGGAUGUUGCCGUACAGGAUGUUGCCGUACAGGAUGUUGCCGUACAGGAUGUUGCCGUACAGGAUGUUGCCGUAGAUGAUAAGGGAAGUGGUGGGGGGUUUGGCGCACUGUGCGUGGAGAAGAAGGCAAGGGACGAGGGGCAGACUGGGGGAGAAGGCGAAGGGAAAGCGGUUGGCGGAGGGGAAAAUAUUGGGGCAGGGGAGGAGAUGGGAGGAGUGCGAGCAUUAGUCGAUGGGGCGCGAGAGGGGGUGAAAGUCGAAGAGGGGGAAAGAGCACAGGAAGGAGGAGGAGGAGCAGGAGCAGGAGGAGCAGCAGGAGGAGGAGCAGCAGGAGGAGGAGCAGCAGGAGGAGUGAGUCAAGGAGGGGGAGAAGGGAAGGAGGAGGAGGGCAGGCAGAGGGCGGUGGGGUUCACGGGGCAAGGGCAGGCGGUGGUGCUGGUGGAAGGGAGGCGCGUGCUGCUGCGCAUUGAUACCUCUUUCCAGGGGACACCCAGAGAGAGCUUCUUCUGCUCCCUGCACCACACCCACGACCACACCUCCCCACCGCAGCACACCCCAGCAGACCACAGCUUUGUACAGCACACUCACUCAGACAACGCCGAGGGCAAUCAGAAAGAGGACAACGGCAAGUCGCAUGAGGGAGUUCUUGAAGCGCCACGUGGCGGGCUGAGAUUGGUGGACUCCAGCGUGCCUCCCUUCCUUCCCAUCAGCCAGUUAGAGCAAGACUUCCUGCCACGUCAGCCUGAGCUGAACGCGAGAAUUUUCUCCUCUCAUCCCGCCACUUUCUCCUCCCUGCAGUUGUGCUUCCUUUUCCAAAUUCCUCUUUUGAAGCUCUCCCACCAGCUCUUUGCAUUCCCUAUAGCAUCUAGAGCGGGCCUGGGAGGCCCCUCUUUCUUCAGUGACUUGCAUUCUCAUCCUCCAUCCAUUUCCUCCCGUUCAUCCUUGCACCCACCAGUUAGAGCAGGCCUCGAUCUCUCCAUCCGCCUCACCUACGCUCUCUCUUCCUCCCUCCCCUCCCACGUCACUGUCAUGGCGUGGCCCUGCACCCCCCUCGCCCUCUCCCUUCUCCAAUCCAAACGAGCCACCGCUUCUGCUGUCAAUGCGUCCGAUGCCGCUGCCAGUGCUGCGGCUGCAGCAUCAGGGCCUUUGCCGCAACACUCCCACAAGCGGAAAGCAGUGGAAGGACGGCCUGGGGGAGGAAGCGGCCCGCAUGCAAGGUCCCACAAGGCAAGCAAGUCGGGCAAGUCAGGCAGGGGGAGCAAGUCGCGGCGCAAGAAGGGGCAGCGGGCUCGAUGGUACCGUGCCAAGAGCUAUCGGGUGAACAACCAGGGGGGAGGGCAGGUUGUGCAGGGGGAAGCGGGGCAGGAGGGAGCAGCGCAGUGGGGUGAAGGGGAAGAAGGGGGAGAAGGGCAGGGGGAAGAAGGACAGGGGGUAGCAGAGCAGGGGGGAGCACCGCAGGGGGAGUGGGUUGAUGGUGGGGAUGCUUCUGUUGGAGAGGAGGUGGAUGAGCGGGUGCAAGGCACAGAGGUGGAUGAGCGGGUGCAAGGCACAGAGGUGGAUGAGCGGGUGCAAGGCACAGAGGUGGAGGGGGAGGUGAAGAGUGGGGAGGAGGGGGAGGGGCUGACAAGUGCGGAGGGGGAGCAGGAGGGGAGGGUUGAGUUGACUCGAGGGGCAGUGGAGGCAAAAGUUGUUAUUGAGGCGCCUAAGAAAUCGUCUCACGAGGUAGCAGAGGCGGAGGUUGUGGAAGGGGAGGGAAUGAGCGGGAAGAGUGUUCUGAUGGAGGAAGUCGGGGUGCGAGAGAUGGAUGUGGGAGGACUAGGAGGAGAGGGGGAAGAAAGAGUGGAUGAGCGAAACGGAGGGGAGGGUGAGGAGGGCAGAUGUGGAGGAGGAGGGGCUGUGUUGGUGGUUGGGGAAGCAGCAGCAGAUGAAACGAUGAUGGCAGCAGCGGCAGGGAUUCUGACCGCUGAAAGGCAACUGGAGCCACCGCCCUUGUCCGCGGCACCAACAUCAACACCACGAGCGACAGCCAAAUCAGCAGCAGCAACAACAGCAGGAGCUGUGAUUGCACCUGGAGGGCUCAAGGAGGAGAGAGUGAUGAGGGACGAGGCAGGAGUUGCAGAGAUAGGGAGCGAGGAGGGUGCUGGCUUGGCAGCUGAUACUGCUGUUGAGACUGCUAGUCAUGCUGCUGCUGCUGGUGCUAUCAGAUUGGAAGGGCUCAAGAAGGAGGGAAUGAUGAAGGAAGAGGCAGGAGUUGCAGAGAUAGGGAGCAAGGAGAGUGCUGGUUUGGCAGCUGAUACUGCUGUUGACACUGGUGUUACUGCUGCCGGUGAUAAUGCUGCAGCUGGUGUGGGUCACUCACGUGGGACAGAGCAGCAAAAGGGGCAGCACCGAAGCAUGGCUUUUGAGGAUACAGGGAGAGGAGGGCAGGAGGAGGGGAGGACGGGAGAGCAGGAUGCAGCUGCGACAGAAAACAUGGUAGGUGUAGUUGGAGAAGCUUAUAUGGGGGACAAGAUGGUAGCGGAGGGUGUUGAGGGUGCAAGGUCUGUCAAAGGGGAGGGAAGGGAGGAAAGGGUGGUGGAGGGUGUGAGUGGGCUGGAGGGUGGGCGAGGAGGGGUGGGAAUGGAAGGAGGUAAGGGCAUGAAUGGUAUGGAGGGAAAGGAUGGUAGUAUGGCACUGGGCAUGGGUGUGGAUGGUGACAGGACGCACAUGGCAUGGGAAGGAGGGGGGACGGAGGAGAAGAGGAAGAUAAAAGAUGAGGCGGGGCAGGGAGAGGUGGGGCAGGCAGAGGUGGGGCAGGCAGAGGAGGAGAGGAGGAAGGGGGACGAGAGGACUGAGGGGUGCAGCAGAGGCGGGGGUGGGAAGGCGAAGGAGGCACGGGCAGCAGCAAGAGGUGUGGCAGUAGCUGUAGCUUCAGAAUCUAAACCGCCUGUCCCAGCAGCAGCAGCUGCCGCCGCACAAGCUGCUGCAGUGGCACGAGUGGGCAUAGACUGCACAGGAGGCACAGAAGAUGCACAAGGGACGGAAAGGGCAGAAGGCGAAGAGAGAGCAGAAGAGGGUUCGCGGACAAGCAUGGGGAGGGAAGAUGGGCGCAUGGCAGAUGAGGCAAAUGUGGCUGUGAAUGUAGCGGAUGUUACUGGGGGGAAAGAGGGUGCUGCUGCCAUGCAUGCUCCAUGUGGAGGCGAUGGCAUGCAUACAAGCAUGGAAGGCGAUGGCAUGCAUACAAGCAUGGAAGGCGAUGGCAUGCAUACAAGCAUGGAAGGCGAUGGCAUGCAUACAAGCAUGGAAGGCGAUGGCAUGCAUACAAGCAUGGAAGGCGAUGGCAUGCAUACAAGCAUGGAAGGCGAUGGCAUGCAUACAAGCAUGGAAGGCGAUGGCAUGCAUACAAGCAUGGAAGGCGAUGGCAUGCAUACAAGCAUGGAAGGCGAUGGCAUGCAUACAAGCAUGGAAGGCGAUGGCAUGCAUACAAGCAUGGAAGGCGAUGGCAUGCAUACAAGCAUGGAAGGCGUGGGCAUGCAUGCACGCAUGGAAGGCGCAGCUACGGGUGGUGACAGGGAGACCUGUGAGGAGACGUGUGAGGAGACGUGUGAGGAGACGCAUGAAACAGUGGAGGAACGGCAUGGGAAGGGAAAAGAGUCACAGGGGUUCGGUAGCGAGGGGAUGGACGCCAAAGGUUGCAUGCUUGCAGCAGCACACACAGGAGAGGGCAGGAAGGACGAGGUGGAUCUGUUUCCUCCCGAGGCAGCAGCAGGUGCAGUGGGGACGGCUAGGGGGACGGCUGGGGGGACGGCUGGGGGGACAGCGGCAGCAAAUGAAGUAGCAGCACGCACAACGGAAGGCAGGGAGGAGGUUGACUUGUUUCCUCCAGAGGCAGCAGCAGGUGCAGUGGGGACGGCUGGGGGGACGGCUGCAGCAGAUGAAGUAGCAGCACACACAGGGCAAGGUAGGGGGGAGGUGGACUUGUUUCCUCCCGAGGCCGACUGGUUGCCUGCUGACGGCCUUGCUGCCGCUCCAAUGGAGGAGCUGUGCUCUCAGCAUGCGCUGCAGCCAUACACGCCCUCCACGGCUCCUCCAAUGGAGGGGCUGCGCUCGCAGCAUGCGCUGCAGCCAUACACGCCCGUUCGCCUGCUGGCUGCUGAAGCGAUUCUUUGCCAGAAGGCGCUUCCCCUGGCCAAUACCCAUCAGCAGGGAGCAGCAGCAGCGCUCACCCCAUUGCAGUCUCCUCAUCCGCAGCCGUCCUCAUUCAACCCAGCUUCACUCAAUGCUUCUGCACCAGUCAAACCCGCUCUUUCUGCUACCAGCCCAGCCAAUGCGUAUCAGCAGCAAGCAGCAGCAGCACUCUCCCCAUUGCAAUCCCAUCAGCAGCCCUCCAGGUUCAACUCAGCACUCCCCACAUCUCAGCCUCACACAACCACUCCUCCACUCCAUGUGCUUGCGCCAUUCAACCCUGCACCAGUCAACCCUGCACCAGUCAACCCUGCACCAGUCAACCCUGCACCAGUCAACCCUGCACCAGUCAACCCUGCACCAGUCAACCCUGCACCAGUCAACCCUGCACCAGUCAACCCUGCACCAGUCAACCCUGCACCAGUCAACCCUGCGCCAUUCAACCCUGCGCCAUUCAACCCUGCACCAGUCAACCCUGCGCCAGUCAACCCUGCACCAGUCAACCCUGCACCAGUCAACCCUGCACCAGUCAACCCUGCACCAGUCAGCCCUGCACCAGUCAGUCCUGAACCAGUCAACCCAACCCAAGUCAACCCAGUCAGCCCUACCCCAGUCAAGCCCUGCACCGCUCCCACCACAUCACUGCACCUUCCAGUUCCGCCCCCUCUCCCGCAUCACCAAUCCUCCCUCGCCUUCUUCCCUCGUCCCUCUCAGCCCUCCUCCCUCCUCGCGUCUGCGCCUCCUCUUUCCCUCUCAUCCUCUUUCUCUCCCACCACCACUAACUGUGCCUCUCAUCCCCCUCCCGCCUCCAUACACCAGCCUCUCUCAUCUCAGACUCCGCACCUCCGCUCACUCCUUCUCCAAGCACCUGUACCUGCUUCCACCGCUCCCAACACCACUCACAGAACCACCACUGCUCCCACCCAACAGCAACAGCCGCAGCAGCAGCAGCCGAGCCUGACCCAGCCACCGUCACUGCUCAGCCCCUCAACAAACCCCGCCGUCUCUGCCUCACCUGCUCCUCCUGCUGCAAUAUCCCCCAUCACCAGUCCGAGUACCACUCGCAGCGCCAUCUCUAGCACCGCCUCUACUCCCACCCAACAGCAGCAGCAGCAGCAGCAGCAGCAGCUGGGCCUGUCCCAACCUCAAGGUCCCUCUGUCUCCGCUUCACCCCAUGCCCGCCUCUCUGCUCUGCGGCCCCAAGUAAGUUCAGUGUCUGCCGCCUCUCAUUCCAUACCGGCAGCAGGGCAAGGUGCUUUUCAUAACUCUCAUGGUCACCCUGCCAUGCCUGCAGCCCCGCCUUUCAGGUCAACUGCAUUUAAGGCGCCUCAAGUAAAUGCAGCAUCUGCUGCCCCUGCUUACAGCCCGGCAGUAGGGCAGGGUGCUUUUCAGAACUCUCAUAGUAGUCACCCAGCCAUGCCUGCAGCCCAGACUUACAGGUCAACUGCACCACACCUGAAAGGCUCAGGUGCUGCCCUGCCCCUUAACUUGCCCCUUCACCUGCCCCUUCACCUGCCCUUUCCUCUGCAUUCAACCGUGCUGCCAGGGGUAGGGAUGCCACUUGGCUCGUCUGCAGUCACACAGACACCGCCUCCCUCUACAGUCACACAGACUCCGCCUCCCUCUACAGUCACACAUGGGCUGCCCAUCCUUUCACCCGCACAGACUAGGCCUCUCCCUACAGUCACAAAGACUGAGCCCGUCCCUUCACCCACACAAACUCCGCUGCUCCCUUCCCCCACACAGAUUCAACCCCUCCCUUCAGUCACGCAUUCCCAGCCGCUCCCUUCAGUCUCAGUUCCCCAGGUGUUGCCCACACAAUCAAUCCCCCCACUACUCGCACCAUCUCCUGCAGCGGACACAUUCGGUGGCGGUGGUUUCUGUGAGUCACGUCACGAAGCUUCACGAGAAGCAGAGGCAGCGAGGGGGUUCUCAUUCUCAUUCACUGGAUAUGCUGCUGCUGCCGCUCCUGCACUGCCCGCUGUACCUAGUACUCCUGCAGUGCCCGCUGUACCUAGUACUCCUGCAGUGCCCGCUGUACCUAGUACUCCUGCAGUGCCCGCUGUACCUAGUACUCCUGCAGUGCCCGCUGUACCUAGUACUCCUGCAGUGCCCGCUGUACCUAGUACUCCUGCAGUGCCCGCUGUACCUAGUACUCCUGCAGUGCCCGCUGUACCUAGUACUCCUGCAGUGCCCGCUGUACCUAGUACUCCUGCAGUGCCCGCUGUACCUAGUACUCCUGCAGUGCCCGCUGUACCUAGUACUCCUGCAGUGCCCGCUGUACCUAGUACUCCUGCAGUGCCCGCUGUACCUAGUACUCCUGCUGUGCCCGCUGUACCUGCUGUGCCUGCUGCCCCUGCUGUGCCUGCUGCCCCUGCUGUGCCUGCUGCCCCUGCUGUGCCUGCUGCCCCUGCUGUGCCUGCUGCCCCUGCUGUCCCUUCUGGGACUGCCACUGCAGGGGGAGUUACUGUUGCCACAUCCAAUUCCGCUCAGCACAUCCCAGCCAGCCACCCGCAAAGCCACCCUCCCAGCCACCCUUCCAGCCAUCUUACAUAA